AUGGAGCUUGGUCGUAAGUUCGGAGGACCUUGGCUGAUCCUUGGGGAUGUGAAUUUUGUGCUGAGUGACUCGGAGAGAGCAGGAUCCCGGGGAAAUGACCAGUUUAUCCCCUUUAUCUCAAACCUCAUCAAUGAUCACGCUCUGGUUGACUUACCAAUUAAAGGGGAUGGCAUGACCUGGGACAACCAUAGAGAUGGCAACAGGCACAUCAAGUCAGCCCUGGAUAAAGCUCUUGGCAAUGAUGAUUGGCUAAGACUCUUUCCUAGGGUGGUAGUUCAAUCUCUUGCCACCUGCAAUUCUGAUCAUAGGCCUCUCUUUAUUAAGUCUGCUUCCCAGGAAUCCAGGAGUAGACGUCCUUUUCGUUUCGAGGCUUGGUGGGCCAGGGACCCCCGUAGCUCCUUAAUUGUGGAACAUGCGUGGGGAUCUGUUUUUCAUGAUUGGGCCUCGGCCAGAGUUUAUAAGAGAGUGGAUGCAUCGCGACUUGCUCUGCUCAAUUGGAACCGGGAGCAAUACGACAAGUUGGAUACGUGCAUUUCCAAGCUACAAGACCAGUUACAACUUAUCCAAAGUAUGCCUGCGGGUACUAGCUCUUGGGCUCAAGAGGUGGAGAUAAGGAAUAAUCUUAAUGAGGCCCUAAGACGAAAGUCAAUUUACUGGCAGCAAAGAUCCCGUGUUUCGUGGAUCAAGGAUGGUGAUAAAUCUUCCAAGUUCUUCUUCCUCUCGGCUACAAUUCGGAAUAGGAGGAACUCAGUGGAGAGCAUCCUGAGUACGGAUGGGGUUUGGUUAACUGAUCGAGAUGCAAUUGGGAAGGAUUUCUGUGAUGCUGUGACAGACUUCUUCCUCACUGGAAAUUUACAUAGGGGCUUCAACGCUACUAAUGUGACACUCAUUCCUAAAGUCCCUAACCUAAAGAAAGUGUCUCAGUUUAGACCGAUUGCUCUGUGCAAUGUCAUCUAUAAGGUGAUCUCCAUAGUUAUUGCUAACAGAGUUAGAGCGAUCCUCCCAAGACUGAUUUGUCCUACCCAAGCUGCUUUUGUCCCGGGCAAGAGCAUUCAGGAUAAUAAUGUCUUAAUCUUCAGGGCUCCUGAGAAGUUUCGCCAUUGGGUCCGACAAUGCCUCACAACGACAUCUUUCAACCUCCUGCUCAAUGGUAGGAAGAUUAGUGGGUUUAUCCCUGAAUGUGGCAUUCGGGCAAAUUUGAUUGAAGCCAAGGGGAUGUGGCAGUGCUUAGAGAAAUUCUGUGAUUGGUCGGGCCAAAGUAUUAACAAGCUCAAAACAUCCAUUUUCUUCUCUGGUAAUACAAGUAUCGGGAUGAAGAGGAGUAUUAAACAGGCUCUGGGGCUCAAUUGUGGGAUGGGAAACAUAAAUUAUCUGGGACUCCCCUUGUUUAGAUCCCGUCAGAAGGAUGCCGAUUUCAACUUCAUCCUGGAUAAUUUGGUUAAGAAGUUGCAUGGGUGGAAAUUAAAAUCACUUUCUAAGGCAGGUCGUGCCACGUUGAUCAAAUCUGUUGGCCUUGCAUUGCCUGUUUAUACCAUGCAAACGACGAAACUCUCAAAAAAACUGGCUUCAAGAAUUGACGGGAUGGUAAGAGACUUUUGGUGGGGUUGUGAACAAGGUAACAGAGGGAUCUGUCUUAGGGCUUGGGACCACCUGUGUCUACCCAAGUCUCAGGGCGGUCUUGGAUUUCGAAAAUCUUUGGAAAUGAACCAAGCCCUUUUAGCCAAGUGGGGUUGGGAUCUUCUCAAUGAGAACCAGUCAUUAUGCUGUAAGGUGCUUAAAGCGAAAUACCUGCGGGGUAGACAAUUCUUUGAUUGUGAUGUUAAGAGUUCUGACUCCUGGUUUUGGAGGAAUGUGGUGCGUGCAAAAGAGAUUCUAAAGGAAGGGGCUUGCAAACUGAUAGCUAAUGGGAGCGAUACAAGCAUUUGGAAUGACCCAUGGGUUAUACAUGGCAGGGAUUUUUACCCUAAGCCCAAGCACAACUACCAGGGAACACCUGAAUUUGUGUCGGAUCUGCUUUUACCUGACGGGAAUUGGGACAUUCAGAAGCUCAAUGAUCUCUUUCACAGGGAAACAGUUAAUAGUAUCUUGAGGGGCGGUAAACCGAGUGGUUAG